GAGAAAGAAAGAGAGAUAGAGCAGGUUUGAAGGGGGACUGAUUGCCACAAAACUGAUAAUCAGAGCAAUCGCAAACCGUAAACUGUUUUACAGUUUAGAAUACAAUGUUUCUUCGAUUUUGUACCAUGAUAUCAUUGGUCCUCCUAGGAUUUGGCGUUGCCUUUUCGCUGGGACAGAAUUACACAGAACCUCUUGUUUUGGAGGGAAAGUGUCUGGUGGUUUGCGAUGCGAACCCGUCUGUAGAGGGAGCAUUGACCUCUUCCUUCGGGAUAUCUGUCCGGGCAAGCGGUGCUAAAGUGGCUUUCUCUGCACUCAGGGGAACGAACCACGAACCAUCUGAUAUGAGCAAUACGUCUCCGACCAUCUACUUUGACCAGGUAUUAGUGAACAUUGGCAACCAUUUCAAGCUGCAAGCGAGUGUAUUUCAAGCACCAAGAAGAGGCAUUUACAGUUUUAGCUUCCAUGUGGUGAAGGUUUACAACCGACAGACUAUACAGGUAAACUUGAUGCACAACGAAUACCCUAUAAUAUCAGCUUUCGCCGGGGACCAUGAUGUCACUCGAGAGGCUGCGAGCAAUUCAGUCCUUCUGCACCUGGAACGAGAGGACAAACUCUACUUGAAGCUUGAGAGGGGGGAUCUAAUGGGUGGCUGGAGGUACUCAACGUUUUCUGGAUUCUUGGUGUUUCCACUCUAAUCACAACUCUCAAAUCAAGUGACUCUUUUUUAUUUUCUUGGCAACCCAUCUCUGGACUUAAAUUAUGAAGAAAUGUAUAACUGACUGUGAGAUAAAGUAGGCUAUUUUGACAAUUUAUGACGAAAUUAUUCCGUGCUAUGAGGUUGGGAUUUGUAUUGCUGAAUGUGACUGAUUGUUGGAUUGUUGGUAUGAUAUUAUAUGAACUGCGAAGAGUAGCCUAUUCAAGCGUUUGUCAGGUGCGCCCAUUCAGUAGCUAUCCAUGGUCCUGAAACCGUAGACAGUAGCUGUCUGUUGAAACCACAAAACGCAUCUCAAGCGUACAGAGCCAAUAGGUGGCAAUUGAGUGUUGGCUCUAGUGUCAACGUUGUUGCAGUAGUGCCAUUGAAAUAUUGUAAUCAAAUAACAUUUUCCAAAGGUAUGCAAAUGCAGGCUAGCUGGCAUUUGGACCUAUAUUGCACAUUGAUACAGUGUUAAUUUUGGCAUUUUUGUAAAGGUUUAGUCCAGUCUUAGUCACUUUGUAAUCACAUCUAAAUCAAAUCAAAUGUUAUUGGUCACAUACACGUGUUUAGCAGUUGUUAUCGCAGGUGUAGCGAAAUGCGUAUGCUAGUUCUGACAGUGCAACAUUAAGUCACAUUUGUGUCAUUUGAAUAAUGAUUAAGUCUGGUCAUUGUCAAACAGUGCGCCAUUUUCGUAAACUAAAUUACCUUUAAUUUCAGUCACAUUUUAGUCACAUCACAUUUGUAUUGUCUCAUUAACCUAUAGUAAACAUAAAUCACCGACUCCCAUGUGCACAAACAUACAUAACCUUGUCCCACCAACAUAUUUUUCUGCAUAACAUAAUAUCAUAUUCCCUUCCCAGCAGCAGAAAAAUGACAAACAUAUAUUAGAAUAUAUAAUGAUUAUCUGGCCAUUCCUAAUUCAGCCUACAUAUCGGCAAAGUAGUAUGGGUGUCCAAAAGUAGAACGGGGGCUAAUGACUUUGAACGGGAUCUAAUUAAUGUUUUGCCCAGUGAUGCAGUCGAGUCACUAAAACCCAAGUCCGAAUUGAGUCCCAAGUCCCCUGUGCUCGAGUCCAAGUCUGAGUCACCAAUGUUGGUCGAGUAACGAAUGGAGUCACGAGAAAAAAAUGUAGUCAAUAAAUUGUAUUUUUUUUCUGUACCACCAAAUGUGUGCAUAUCUGCUACUGGUAACGUUAAUGUUACCAGGGCCACGUUCAGUUGCAAAACUUUCUCGAACAUUGCAGACAGUUCCAGUCGGUAUUCACGUAGUAAUAAUAAAGAAUUCCCUUGACCCACGACAACAAAUUGGGUAAAACCAACAUUCUUUCCUAUUGAAAUAACAAAACAUGCUGAAAAGCUGCUGUGUUGUUUUAUGUAGCCAGGUCAAAAGUCCUGACCUACGGCUCUGUAAAGCUCCAAAGUAGGGAAAUAAAGCCUGUGAAAAGAUUAAUCGUUAGACAUGUUGUACUAUUAUUAAAUGUCGUUUUGUAAUUGACUAAAACAAGCAGACUAACAAUAAAAUUGCGUUUGAAAACGGUCAAGUUUUUGCUGUGAGCUAAUGGGGAAACCUAGGUAACCUGUUAGUUUUCCCCACAGAUAGGUAGGCCGCACAGUUAUAUCUAAUAAGGAGUGGGUCUAUAUAAAUCCCAUGAAUAGAGCCAACAUCCAUUAUUCAACAUGUCAGUGAGGCAUGUUUGUUCUACAUAGCAUAUUUCUGUCUGAGCUUUAAAAAAUGUGGUCCUGUUGAACCGCCCCAUGUUGUCAGCUAUUCAUAGGUGUCACCUCAGUCACUCGGUCGCUUCAUGCGAUUAUGAACGUUCUCAGGCCGCUCUCUAUUGGCAGCGCCAGAAUGGUGCCCUAAAGCCAUGGUAAACCCAGUCAUUCUGGAUGAAUGUUCUGGUCUGCAAGUAGAAUAGUUUUAGAAUGGCCUGCGAUAUGCUUAAUGAAUGUAAAAUGGCGGUCGCUAAUGCUGUUGUUUUUAAUUUCAUAAAGUAGCUUGCGAUUAUGAACGUUCUCAGGCCGCUCUCUAUUGGCAGCGCCAGAAUGGUGCCCUAAAGCCGUGGUAAACCCAGUCAUUCUGGAUGAAUGUUCUGGUCUGCAAGUAGAAUAGUUUUAGAAUGGCUUGCGAUAUGCUUAAUGAAUGUAAAAUGGCGGUCGCUAAUGCUGUUGUUUUUAAUUUCAUAAAGUAGCUUGUGUUUCUUAACCAGGCAACGGGUAGUUACAGUUUUUCACAAUUGCUUACACAUGAUUUCUGAAACUAUGGCUCCUUUUCUCUAGACUCUACAUGCCAAAACACACACACAACAUGCAAAACGUCACACAUCUCUUGAAAAACCAAACACUUCAUUCAAAACAGUGUUUUUGCAUCAAAACUCUACACACAAGCCAUCAAAUGAUUACAUCUUAUACACACCCAAAGACACACAGAUGUGACAAAUGUAAAACACUACUAUCAUGUGUCUUUUGCAUGUUCAGUGUGCAGUGGAGUCCACAGCAGUUUGUCAUAGCACUCACACGUACAUGUAUGUGCACAAAUAUAUACAGUAUGUAUGCAUAUUCCGUAUACAUUUACACUAUAACCAAAAAUGCAAGGGGGAAAAAUAAAAUGUGUUCCUUUCUCAAUUUUUUUUAUUUUCAUCCAGAUUUCGGGAUGAACAGUAACAGACAAAACAAACACAGUAGAAGAUAAAUAAAUAGGCUUGUCCUUGUCCUCCUCCUCUUCCUCCUCGUCUUUGUCCUCUUCCUCCUCCUACUCCUUGUCCUUGUCCCCCUCUUACUCUCAUUCCUCUAUCUCUCUCUCCAAAAUUGGCCUCCAUUGUUGUCCAAACCAAGAAAGCCAACCUGAAGCUUAUUUAUACUGCUUAAGCUCUGAUGUCUAAGUGAAGAAAUUCAUUUUCACACAUGAGCACUGGGUGUAAGUACUUGGCAAAUGCGUGUGGCAUUUGGAAUGGCAGUGCUUCCAAACGAAACACAAGACCUGUUAGUUUUGAAUGAUGUGUCUCAAGUGUAUUUUACAAUUGCAAACUGAGUGUAAAGCAGAUAAUGGGCGUGCAAUUUUGCAGAUUGGUCUGAAGAUCAGGUAUAUGAGUUAAUGGUUUCACUGAGUGUGCCUCAAGUAUCACUUUUAGUGUGUAAAAGAUUGUAAAAAACUGUAAUUAACGUAUGCUUGUCUGCUCACACUCAUUGCUUGCUCCCCUGCAGCUCAUCAGCUGAUGCAGGGUGUGGCAGCAGUCCUUCCCACUGCUGAACUGUGCUUACCACUGAAAAGCUCUCAUUCUCUCCCAGAUAAUUUAGUCUCGUCUUGUUUUAGUUAACUUAAAUGAAUGUUUUUUUUUUAUUUUAGUCUCAUCAAUUGACACUGAAAAAUAGAUGUUUGAGGAAUAUUUUAGUCACUAUUUUUUUUGACGAAAUUAAAACCGCAUAUGAUAUAUGUACUGGACAAUUUAACCUCUAAAUAAAGACAAGUGACUAGAA